AUGGGUCACGUUCUGGCAACAUAUAAGGACCCAAAAUCUAUGCCGGAUAUCUUCAAAGGCCCUGUCUUUGAUCCGGUUGACGGUUUUCCUGAGGGCCGCAAGCGUCGAGAGUUCAUACUGACUAACGAAGAAAUGAUAGCUGCAAGACUAAAACCUUACGAACGAGAUUACUGCGCUCACCUUUUGCUAGCUUUCAGGAAAUGCUUAGAUGAACAUGCUAUACCAGCUUUUUUCUGUUCCGAUCAGAAACAUAAAUAUCUUCAUUGUAAAGAAAAUGACCAUUUGUAUAGAAUGAAGGAAUACGAACGUGAACGCCGUCUUUUACACAAGCGUACAUCGAUUUCAGAAUGAUGCAUAAUAACCAGGAUAUCGUAUUGUACAAUAAUCUCGAAGAAAACGAACGAAUACAGACAAUUAUGCCUAGAAGUUUGUUUCAUCUUGCUAAUAGCUGCAUAAUGAACAUUUAGAAAGAGGAUGUUCUUCAAAUUAUUUGUAGUUUAUACUCUAC